AUGCUGAGGCAGGAGGUCCUCUUGGGGGUCUGUCGCAUUGAAAACGACAAAAAACGCAAUGACACGUUCACCAAGCGGCAUGCUAAUUUUUUCAAAAGUGCCAGUAACCUCUCCGCUCUCACGGGCGUGAGGGUUGCUGUCAUCCUAGAGAAGGAAUCGGGAAAGAUGCAUGGUUUUGGGAUGCCGUUAGUGGAACCCAUUGUUGAUUCUUUCCUGUCAGGAGAUCCACUUAUCGAACCGCUUGUCGAUGAACAAGCGAAAGAUAGGAUUGUAUUGCUGCAGAGAGAGGUGACUAGGUUGGACAUGGAGAAUGCAAAGCUAGAUACGAGAGCAAACCUCUCGCUGCAACACAUCAAGAAGAUCCAAGCUCAGAACCCAAGGUUGCCAGCAAAUAAUAUCUUCUCCAAGGGAGAAGAUCUUAGUCUUGAAGACCUAACCAACCUCUUCAAUGCCCUCUUGCGAGUCAAGGAGGUAAUUAGACGACGUCUGCCUCCACUACAACAUGGCCAUGAACCAACAACUGGUGGUCCAAACGUGCGGCAAAACUGGUUGCUACCAAGUGGUCCUUCACAAGAUCACCCACAGAUUCAUCAGACUUCACAAAAACCAUCUUCAUCCCACAAUCUUCCACCUCAGUUUACCUCCGUCCUACAAUCAGUUGUUGACCAUGCAAAGGAUUUACCUCCACCACUUCAACCACAACUUCAAGACUAUGCAAGUCCGACAAGGCCAUUGCAGAACAACAUGAGCCCUAACUCAAUUGUUGAGAACACUAUGGACAAAUCCCCACAGUUGUUCUACUCCGGUGGUAAUGACACUUUCAUCCAUGAAUCAUUCGGCUAUGAUAACUUGGCUAAUGCUCCUUUGGACCAGGCGCAUGAAGUUCUAGGGAUGGAUUCUUACUUGGACUAUAAUAUUAGUGAUCUAGAGCAAUAUAACAUGGAAUGUGAUUAG